AUGGCUCAAACAGAAAGAGAAUAGGCAUUAGAGACAUUAAGAUAAAAGGCUCUUUAAGAUUCAGAUGCGCUUGGAUCGAAAUAGAGAUUCGCCCUUUUUAGUUAGCCUCCUCCCUUAGCAGUAGGAGAUGAUUCAAUUUACAAACAUACAAUAAUCAAGAAAGAUGAGAAUGGAAAAGUUCCUACUCAGCCAAGAAAUAUGUCAAUUAAAGCACCUCAAUAGGGAAAAAGCAAAAGUUCUUUCUUCUCUCUACUGGGAUUUACCACAAUUGGAGAUCCUUACCUUGAGCCCGAUAGAAUCUCGCGUCAAUAUGAACUAGAAAAGAAAAAAUUGAAUAAAUAAGAUUAGGUUUUCAAACCAGCUUCUUCAUAUAAAACAAUUGUUACUUCAAGUUUUGAGCACCUAGCUGACUAUGAUAAUAAGCCUAAAACAGUGAAAGAUGCUGAUGGUAAGGUCAUUACAUAACCUAAAAAUAUAACUACAAGUGUCACAGUCAGAUAACUCUUAAAACCAUAUCCACAUAUGGUAGAGCCUUACGACAGAGAAAGGGAAUUCAGAAAGAGAGAAAGAGAUCGUCAUAUUUAGCUUUUAAAAGAUAAAGCAUAGUUUAAGACAUACUCUCAUGGUGGAUAUAAUUUUUCUCCUGAUAAAAAGGCUUAUGGUUUUGAUGGAACAUUCCCAGAAAAAAAAAUACGUGACUUUUCUCCAAAUAUUUUCAAACAUGAUAAUCCUUUUAAGCCUUCUCAUCCUACUAGAUCUGGAUUAGAUGGAUUUAUUGGUAAGUAUCCAGAAUAUAAAUCUGAUCCAAUUAGAUAGCCAGUAAGACAAGACCAUUAAAAACAAAAAGAUUCAUUUAAAAUCAAUAGCCCAACAAUCUUAACAAGACCUACUCCAAGCAUAACGAUUCAUCCAGUUAAUAUAAGAAAAGAGAUUGCAAAUAUGAGUUCAUUCAAAUGA